CUGCGACAGUAGCAAUUUUCUCCACAGCAACAUGAAGUUCUUGGUGGUCGUGCUGGUGGCGUGUGUGGCGGUAGUGUCCUGCCAGCAGGAGCUGCAUCGUGAGAAGCGUGGAUACCUCGGCCUGGGGGCCGGACUGCUGGCCGCCCCCGCCGUCGCCGCCCCCGCUGUGGUCGCCGCCCCCGCAGUCGCCGCCGUCGCUGCCCCCGCAGUUGUCGCCGGACCCGCCAUCGGCUACGGAUAUGGCUACCUCGGCGGUGUUCACGGAAAGCUGAUCCACGGCUGAUGCGCCUUCCUCUCUAACCAGCUUGUAUUGUGUGUCUUCGUUGCUGUGGCCUCAUUAAAGCUCCUUUUUGUAAUAUAA